AGGAUCCAAUUCGCGAUGGUCUCCUCCCUAAUCGCGAACGUCAUGCUGCUGGUGGCGAAGAUCGUGGCAUUCAUCCUGUCGCAGUCCAAGUCGGUGCUGGCCAGCGCUGCAGACUCCUUCGUGGACAUCGCCAGCCAGGUGGUAAUAGCGGUGGCCGAGAAGUAUAUGCGCAGCGCGGAUCCGCGGUUUCCGGUGGGACGCACGCGGCUGGAGACCGUGGGCGUGGUGGCCUGCGCCAUCAUCAUGACCAUCGCCACCAUCGAGGUCAUCCAGUCAGCCGCCCAAGACCUCCUCGCCGGCUUCCUACACGGGCAGCUGCCGCCUCUGGACAUGGGCUGGCUGAUGUAUGCCAUUCUGGGGGCGGCCACGGCGGUCAAGGUGGUGCUUUUCAUCUACUGCUUCGCGCUCAAAAAUCAGUCGGACUCCAUGCUGGCGCUGGCCGAGGACCACAGCAACGACAUUGUCAGCAACCUGGGCGCCAUUGCAUGCGGGGCCAUUGCCAGCAUCAGCCCAAAAGUGUGGUGGGUCGACUCUGUCGGCGCCAUACUCAUCUCCCUCUACAUCAUCUGGUCCUGGGCGCGCAUCCUGCAGGGGCAGGUGAACAAGAUAGUGGGGCUGGGGGCGCCGGUGGAGUUUGUAACAACGCUGGAGGAGUUGGCCAAUGCACACGACGCCAACAUGGAGGUGGACGUCAUUCGUGCGUACCACUUUGGCGCGCGCUUCAUUAUUGAGGUCAUUAUGCCAGCGACCAUGAGUGUGAGAGAGUCACACGACAUCGCCUUGCAGCUGCAGCACAGGGUGGAGGGAUUUGAUGAGGUGGAGAGGGCUUUUGUGCACGUCGACUACGAGCGGAGAGUCGAGCCAGAGCACAAGGUGGAUCGGAACUUGCAAAGAAACACCAUGAACCUCUUUGAGCCACAUGAGAGCUGCACUCUUCAUGGGUCGGGGUCUGGGGGAGCCUUGCCGUCUCCUAGGAACAAUGCUCUUGAGGAGAAAUUGUCAAAGUGACUGGCGCAUCGCCAAGGCAGCAUCAAUAUAUCAGCCCCAAUUUGUGUUCAAUUCCUGUUCAGUCCUCAAGUGCACCUUUCUGGGUCCAGGAUACUGGAAGGAAAGCUUACACGUAUAAACUAAUUAAUGCUCUCUUGCGUAUAUGCUCAGAUGAGCUAACUUGAACAGCAAGUCAAUCGCUUGUUCCUGUCAAUUUUCGCAUGUAACUUAGCAACUGUUUAUG